UCAUAUGAUCCAACUGAAAAUGUCUGACAUCGCUAAGGAUAUUGGAACAAUUUGGAAUAGACAGUUUGAUCAUAAAAGCUUUCUAUGUGGGGAAAUUCAUUUUACGUUGCAGGAAUUUGAGCUGAAAAGAGGCGAAACAGAAGUGGAUAACUUAUUUAAAGUUAUUGAAAAUAUUACCGAUAUUAAAGACACCGAAAUCGAUCGUUUUAAACAAACUGUUGAUCAAGUGUUACCGCAAACUAACAACGAGUUACAACAAGCGUUAAGUGUGUGUAGUUGUUUCGCUGAUUUGGAGAAGAAAUUUAAAGAGUGUGACCAUUUGGAAAAAACUAAACAACAAAGAAAAGCGGAUUGGGAAAGUUUUAUGGACUACAUUACCACAACGUACUCUGAAAUCAAUUCCCUAACAGAAAGUAAGGAAGAAAACCUUAAAAAAAUCUAUUUGGAGUUAGAAAAGAAACUACGCAUUUGA